GAAGGAGUGGUGUCAGACUGCAUCUUGCUGUCUAAAGAGGUGAUAUUUCACAAUGAGGCGUGCUGCAGCUUUUCUGGUGUUGCUGCUCUGUCUGUACUGGACGAGGGCUCAGGGUGAGAGUGGAGGGGUGACAGGGAAUGAUAUCACUCAGGCGGAGGUUCAGUCUGAGAUCCUGGGUGUCAAAGCAACCAGUGAUCAGACCAACGUCACCCCUGACAUCUGGGCUGAGCUGAAGGAGCUGAGAGACAUGGCCAUCAAACACAGUGUGGAGCUGAGCAACAGCAAGAGCAAGAUGGAGAAGCUGGAGCAGGAGAAUACAGCCAUACAGGCCAGACUGACAGCCAGUGAAAGCAAGAAUGCAGUGUUGGAGACCAGAAUGAAUGCCAGUGAAAACGAGAUGGUGAAGCUCAAGAUAGAGAAUGCAGUUUUGAAGGCCAGAAUGAACACCAGUGAAAAUGUGAUGGAGGAGCUCAAGAAGGAGAACACAGAUCUUCAAUCCAGAGUAACAUCAUUUGAAGAUAAGAGCACAGUGUUGGAGGCCAGGAUGACUGCCAAUGAAAACGAGGUGGAGGAGCUGAAGAGACAGAAUGCAGACCGACCAAAGGUGGCGUUCUCACUUAGUCUCACUGAUGAUGGACAAGUUGGACCAUUCAAUACUGACAUCACACUUAAGUUCAGUAGAGUCAUCAGCAACUUUGGUCAGGCCUACAGUCCAACUACAGGUCACUUCACAGCCCCAGUCAGAGGAGUCUACUACUUCUCACUCAAUACACUGGAUUUCCGGAAGAACGUAUGGAGUGGUUUUUGUCUCUAUCACAAUGAAAAGAGAUUGUUGUAUAAUGAUAAUUACAAUGAUGAACAUGGCUAUACCAGACUUUCUAGUUCACUGGUUCUUCAGCUGGAAAAGGGGGAUGUGGUCUACAUGGUUUUACCUGCUAACUAUAGUCUAUAUGAUAAUACCAAUAAUGGUACUACCUUUAAGGGAUUUCUGCUUUUUCCACUGUGA